ACUCUUGGUUACAAAACGUCAAUGCGUCAUUAAUCGAGCCUCAGCGGCUGGCGGACCAAUCAAAAGAGGGCUUCUUGAAAAACGGGUUGCCAUUAUGUUUAAGGCAAAUCCUAAAACGUGGUACCGGCUUUUUUAAAUGAACAACUCCUGUUAGACACUCGCUUCUGAGUGCUCAUGACAUGUUUUAGCGAUAAGGACAUAAUCAGAUUCGAGCCUCUUGGACGGAAAACUCUCGAGGAGGGCCGGAAUUUUCUGACACAAAUCCCAAGGUUGAGCUAGCCAGGAUUGCUAGCUGGUUAGCCCACAGCGUAGAAACCCCCUCGCUGCUGAGCCGUAAACCUGGGGGACUUCGGCUCGGUGACAAGCUAGGUAGCUUAGUUAGCUAGCAAAGAGCCAUGUCUUUCCGCCGCCAGAAUCAACAAUCUGGACCAAGUGGCCGCAGAACGUCGAAUGGUACUUCUGGAUCGGCUAACAUGUCAUCCGCAGGUCCCGGGAGCAGCGCCGCUAGAUCAAACCCAGGAAGGAACAGAAACUCUGUGAAGCCUCCCUCACAGUCUCCCCCUGCAUUUGAGGGUGUCUACAACAACUCCCGGAUGCUCCAUUUUCUCACAGCAGUAGUGGGCUCCAGGUGUGAUGUGAGAGUCAAGAACGGCAGUGUGUAUGAGGGGAUCUUUAAGACAUUAAGCUCAAGAUGUGAACUAGCCGUGGAUGCUGUACAUAAAUUGAGGACUGAGGAGGCCGAUGGCUGUGGCGGUGGUUUGUCCACACAUCCCAGGAGAGAGGAGAUCACAGACACCAUGAUCUUCGGUCCCACUGAUCUAAUCACCAUGACGUGUCGAGAUGUAGACCUCAAUUUUGCUACAAGAGACACCUUCACAGAUGGGGCAAUCACCUCAACCAGAGUGAAUGGUGACCACAGAGAGAAGGUGCUCCAGAGGUGGGAUGGAGGAGACAGCAAUGGAGAAAACUUUGAUCUAGAGACAGACACUUCUAAUGGUUGGGAUGCCAGUGAGAUGUUCCGCUUUAAUGAAGAAGCGUAUGGGGUAAAAUCGACCUAUGACUCCAGCCUUUCCAUGUACACGGUUCCUCUAGAGCGGGGUAGCUCAGAGGGUUUCCGGCAGCGGGAGGCACGUGCUGCGCGAUUGGCCAAUGAGAUCGAGGCAAGCUCACAGUACCGCCACCGGGUGUCAUUGGAGAACGAUGAAGGGAGAACUGAAGAGGACAAAUACAGUGCGGUUGUGCGGAAUGAAGGAGAAAGAGAAAGGGGCAGAGACAGCCCUGGCUUCUCCAGUGCUGGGAGCAGGGAGGGCAAGUACAUUCCCCUACCACAGAGAGCAAGAGAGAGAGAAAUGGGCUCAUCCAGGGGAGAGAGAGACAGAGGUGGAGCCUCGUCCACGCUUCCUAAUCGAACAAACAGACCAGGCCCCUCAAGCUCCUCCCCCAGGCCCCCUCUUCCUUCAGGCAGUCAGCCUCCUCCACCGUCUGACAGGAACUGUCCAUUGUCCAUCAGAGGAGGAUACUCUCCUCAUCAAUCGCAGUGUAGUCCACCUGCUCAGCCAAGGCCCUCUGAGCCUGGCCAUGCCAGUCCCCCUGUCCCCCACACACUCCCACAUUCGCUAUCACACCCACAGUCUCUCGCUGACUCUGCACGACCUGUAAAUGGAGUAUCAUCAAGAAUGUCUCCCAAAUCUCAGAGACCAGCACAAACCAGAAACUUACGCACAUCCAACUCCCACUCCUCACCCACAGUCUCACAUUCCCCCAAACCUGAUGCACCCACCCAGGACCCUCCUCUGAGUGCUCCUACAUAUCUGGACACCUCUUCAGUUACCAUGCCAACCCCAAAGCCCUCUGGCCCCACCCCUCUAUUCCCUGUAGAUGUAAAUGAGAUCUUGUCUAAAGAGAGGAUGGAGAAUCAUGCCAGUUCACAGGAUGGCAAGAGCAACAAAGCAGCAACCUCUGUUCAGCAAAGGUCACAGUUAGAGGAACUUCGGAAGUUUGGAAAGGAGUUCAGGCUUCAGCCCAGCUCAUCACCCUCCAGUCCCGGCACUUCAGUCACACCCAACGACCUAGCUCAACCCAACCCUGCUCACAGCACACAGACAGACCCCACUCCCCCGACAGACCCCAAAUCUGCUGCACCUGCUCAGGAGCUUUUGUCAGAUGAGUCAGGAAGAGAAACAGAGGGUACCGUGGCACCCACCACGCCACAGGUCACGCCCUCUUCUACACCUGCUAUCACACCUGCAAGUGGCCCAUCUUCCAUUGUAGAUAGUCAAACAGCUGUACCACCUCAGCCUGCAAGGACCCCGGGCAGAGAGGAUGGCAGACCUGAGGCCACAGACCGAGUGGAGGGUGUUACUGAGCAAGUAAAGAAGUCUACACUAAAUCCCAAUGCCAAAGAGUUCAAUCCCAACAAAGGCUCUCUCUCUAUGGUGAAGCCUUCGGCAGCACCAACGCCCCCUCGGCCUACAGCUCCAAGCCCCUCUGUGGUGCUUCAGCCUCCUGCAGGCCAGGGAGCUAUAUACAGCCCCCCGUACCUGAGCUACGUCUCACCCAUUUUGCAGGGCCAUUCUGUACAGACACCUCCAAUGUACCAGUAUGCUGUGUCGACUGUCAGCCAGGGCAAAUUCCCCAGAGCUAAAGGCUCAGUUGUGACCAAUCGCCCCGAUCACAGCUCAUCAGCGCCACCUAUGAUCCAGCAGGCAGCGUCUGCAGCAGGUCCUCCUCUCGUGGCUUCUCCUUAUCCCCCGUCCUACCUGCAGUACAGUCAGGUCAUCCCUGCCAUGCCCCACUACCCUGGACAGCCGGUAUACUCAAUGCUGCAGAGUGGUGCACGGAUGCUAAGUUCUGGAGGUCACCCACAGACCCUGGGCCCACCAGGGCCUCAGUAUCCUGGUCAGACCGAGGGGCCCCCAGGAGCCCAGCAGGGCAUGUAUGCUCCUCAAUCAUUCUCUCAUCACUCAGGCUCUAUGCAUCCUCCUCAACCCUCCAGCACCCCUACUGGCAGUCAGCCACCCCAACAGCACCCCGCCCCUAGCCCUGGACAGUCUGGUCAAUCGGGUCCUCAGCCUCAGACUCUGUACCAUUCAGGACCGUUGUCAGCACCAACACCACCUAACAUGCCUCCAGGCCACAGUUCACCUCAGGCCACCUAUCCCCUUCAGGGCUACAGUCUGCCAGGACAUCAGCCACUGCCCCAUCCUUACCAGUCUAUCAGCCAGCUCACACAGGCUCAUGUUUCGGGAGCUUUGUCAGGUCCUCACCACUCUGGAGGACAUGGCCCACCACAUAUGAUGCUUCUUCAUGCCCCUCCACCUCAGCAGGGCCCUGGCUCUGGGCCAGGCCCCCAGCAUCCACCUCAUGGACCCCCACCACAGCAGGGAACCCAUCAGCACUACACCUACAUCGGACACCCCCAGGCUGUACAGGUCCAACCCCACCCUUCCCAGCAGAUGCCCUUCCAUCCCCCUGGAAACUGAGAAAUACAAGUGAGAUGAAGUGCACCUCAAACUGCCCUUGGAGGGAGGGGAGUUCCUCUUGCUGACCCUGGACAAGGCGUGGACACACUAAUAAUCAUACAUGCAUCUUCUACAGACAAGAGAUUUUUUUUUUAUUCUUAUCUGUUGGAAGGACAGAUUUUUUUGUUUGUUUUGUUUAAGCUGAAUGGACAGGGGCACAGUAUGUGUCUAAAAUUGACACAUUGAGUGAAUGAUUGAUGAAUGAAUAGAUGAAUGAAUGGGUGAGUGUGGGUAAGUGUGUGUAACAGAAUGAAACGGCUCAAGCUGAGUGAGACAUUUUAUAAAGAUAGUAUGAUUUUCUCCCUUCCUCCUCGACCCCUUAAUUAAAUAAAUAAUAAAAUAAGUUUUAAAAAAAGGAAAAAAAAAAUAAAAUGUACAAAAAACAAAUAAAAUUUCAAACUCUCA